UCGAAACUACAACCAUGUGUCAGAAAACUGGGAGCUCCGAAAUACUUCAUGUGACAUAUUACAAUAAACUCGAACGAUACAUCCAACUUUUGGGGCAAGAUCCGCGUCAUAAAAGUAGCACUAGAAAUAUGAUUGUAAUAAUAGUGGUGACUAGUAUCGCAAGCAUCACUAUCCCAACGACGAUAGAGUUAUUUGCGUCGUUGCAUAAUAAGGAUAUGGAUGGAGUCAUCGAGUGUUUACCACAUUUUGUUGCAUCUUCCAUCAGCGCGGUUAAAGUAUUAAACAUGCAUUUCAACAAACGAAAUUUCAGUAAACUGUUCCAACUUGUGGCUAGACAAUGGCAGCAGCUGAAAUUCAACGAUGAAUUGCACGUUCUAGAGAAAGUCGUCAUGCAAGGCAACAGGAUGGCGCACUUUUAUCGUAACACUUUAGUAUCUUUUAUGGUACUGUUCUUGCUGGUGCCACUAAUUUCCCCAAUGCUUGAUAUUGUCCAUCCAAUAAACGGAACUCGAACACGCCAACAACUGCUAAGAGUUAAUUACAUAUUUUUUAAUGAUGACGACUAUUUCUUUUACAUAUAUUUACAAUUAUUUUGGAGCUCUGUCGUUGUAGUGUUCACCAUAAUAGGUGCUGAUUGGUUAUACAUGCUAAUAAUUCAUCACAGUAGUGGAUUAUUUGCGGUUUGUGGAUAUCAAAUUCAAAAGGCAACUGCGAAACCAAACUACAUUACUUGUGAAAAUAUUUUUGAGAAUGCGACGUAUGAAAAGUUUCGAAAUUGCGUGAUGAUGCAUAGGGAAGCCAUACAGUUUUACGAUAUAUUGAACGAAAGCAGCCAAAGUAGUUAUUUAAUCCAGGUUGGAUUGAAUAUAUUGAGUAUUAGCACAGCAGCAGUUCAAACCGUGGUAAAGUUGAACAGACCAGAGGAAGCAAUACGAAGUGCUGUAUUUUGUGGCGCUUGUCAAUUUCAUUUGUUUCUACUUAGCUUACCUGGCCAGGUACUUCUGGAUCAUUGCUCUGAUUUAGCAGAUAAUAUUUACAGCUCCACAUGGUACAAGGCACCUGUGAAGAUUCAAAAGGUACUAUACGUGAUGCAAAUAAGAUGUAGAAGGUUUUGUUCAUUGACGGCUGGUGGAUUGUAUGAAAUGAAUAUAGAAAACUUCGGAAUAACCUUCAAAACGUGCAUAUCCUAUAUUACAAUGUUGAUGUCCCUGAAUGGUUGAAUAUGCAUUACCUGUCGAAUGUAAUCUCAUCCACUGUAUGUUAUACACAGUUUUACCAAGCAUAUAAUUAGUAUAAUAAAUAGCUGACAUGUAAUACUAGACAUAUUUGAUGACGUUGGCGAAUAAAGAUAUAAAAAUCAUCUCUCUUAUACGGUG